UGAUAAAGUGGGAACACGACCUUUGGAUGUUUAGGCAAACGUGAUUUUUCAUGUGACGUUGGUGUGAAUGGUCGCCAUGGUGAUUUGCUGGCAGUCCGACCGCAGGGUUCGUUUUGGGGUUUUUUUAGUAAUUAAAUUUAUGAAAAAGACCAAAGUGUCGGACACAUAUUGACAAGUUAGAUAUCUGUGCUCAGACAAACCUCUCAGAAGCUGAUAUUUCUUAGGGACACGUUACUCUGUUUCUGCACAUGAGGCAUUUCUUUUGAAAUUCUUGACCGGAAUAACUUUUUUUUUUCUGGACGGAAGUCAGUCAGCAUGUAGAGAACUUAAAUGUAGUUUAUGCUGCGUUGUGGAAUAUUUUUUUCCUUGGUGUUUUUACGUCUGUAGCGUUACUUUACCGUGCUUGUCUCGGUUAACAGUCGUUUCAGUUUUUGCUCGGUCGGUCAGCUAGUUAACUCUUUAAGGUUUCCGUUAGCCACCGUUAUGUUGACGCGACAGGAAGUAUCGCUAACUUAACGUUAGCACUGAAGUUAGCAGCGUCGACCAAAUAACGGCCGAGCCAGUUAGCACCUAGGCCAGGAGCCAGCGAUUAAACACUAUCAUUUUAAUUGUUUUUCCGAUUCGAUAGGUUAUUUACUUGGCUUUUUUGUAACCUAUCUCGCUAUUUCGCUAUUUUGUCACGAUAACUAUUAGCAACCUUUUUAACUGUUUAGUCUGGCUAGCUGAGCUAAGUUACCGUUCAGAGAAAAUAACGCUACGUCGCGGUCAAAACUGGCUCAGCUUACGCUUUUCAAAGUUGUCGAUGUGUAUCGUUAUGAUGAAGUAGCUGUUGGAUAAGACAGCUGCUAUGGUGCCUGCGCCACGGCUGCACCUGCCAAGUUGAACGACUGCCAAGUUGAACGACACCUGGUCCAGCAUGAAGGCCCUGGGAUCCAGAUUCUCUUUCUAUGCGGGCUUUGUGGUGGGGACCUUCACACUGUACGUGUUUCUGCGGCAGGUGUGGUUUGAGAGGACUUUAUCAGAGCAACAAGCCAGCAGUUUUGAAAAACUUCAUGACCACCAGCAACAGCUUGAGGAUGAGAGGAAGAUAUGGAAGAAGGAGAGGUCUGCUCUUUUUAACCUGAAACACCCUCAUCAUACAGGUGAGGAUAGCCGUAUGGCUGAUGAACUAUACAAAAAGGUGCGUAUUCUCUGCUGGGUGAUGACCGGACCCAACAACCUGGAGAAGAAGGCUCGGCAUGUGAAGACCACGUGGAGUCGCCACUGCAAUGUUGUGGUCUUCAUGAGCUCCGUGGACGACCCCGACUUCCCAACAGUGGGCCUGGGUACCAAGGAAGGCCGAGACCAGCUGUACUGGAAAACCAUCCGGGCCUUCCAUUAUGCGUACGAGCAUCAUGGUCAUGAAGCUGAUUGGUUCCUCAAGGCAGAUGACGACACUUAUGUAAUAGUGGACAACUUGCGUUGGGUUCUUGCAAACCACACCCCGGAUGAGCCUAUUUAUUUUGGCCGAAGAUUCAAGCCCUACACCAAGCAAGGCUACAUGAGUGGUGGUGCAGGCUAUGUGCUGAGUAAAGAGGCUCUGCGGCGAUUUGUAGAAGGAUUUAAAAGCAAAUUGUGCACUCACACUACCUCAGUAGAGGACCUGGCGAUGGGGCAGUGCAUGGAGAAAGUUGGGGUGCUGGCAGGGGACUCCAGAGACACUACGCACAGGGAGACAUUUCACCCCUUUGUCCCUGAGCAGCACCUCACUGCCAAGUUUCCUAAGAGCUUUUGGUAUUGGAGCUACUGCUACUACCCCAUCUCAGAGGGUCCAAACUGCUGCUCAGACGUGUCGGUGUCCUUCCACUAUGUAGAUGCUUCACGCAUGUAUUUAUUGGAGUACUACACUUAUCACCUGCGUGCCUUUGGCUAUAAAUACCGUUACCAGCCUCCCACUCCACUCGGCUACAAUCUUGAGGAGUUGAGUUCCUGGGACGCCGCUGAAGGAAAAAAAGAGCCGGCUUCUCAGGAAAAAGGGCGAGGAGAGGGGAACGAUCUGCCUAGGACUGACAAAAGACAGGAUGCAGAUCCCCCUCCUGCAGCUGGUGAAGGCCUCCCUGCUGCACCAGCAGGCAAAUAACAGUUGGACUGUAUGGGUGUGUUAAGAGGAACUGAUCAUUAGUGAGGGGAGAAUGUGUGUUUUGAGUGUUUACUUAGUCAUUCUGGUAAUCCUGGCUCACAUUUCUACAAUACUAGAAAAAUGGUCCACUUUGAUCUUAAGUGUCCCCACAAAUAAGUGCAUUGCUUGAGGAUUCUCUAGCUGAAGGACUGCUACUAAUGCGUACUGUGACUGCAAGACUGAUCUUGUUUUUCAGGUUGGUUAGGUGGUUAUUACAACAGACUCUUUAAAGACGAACGUUAAACCUAACCUAAUCUUUUAAACACACUUUCUUUUAAAGUCGGUAAUAGCUUUCCGUACACCUGUUUAAGGUGUGCUGAAGUGAAAGUAGUUUCCAAAGCCAGUUAGAUUUGGUUUUGUCCUUUUUUUUUUUUUUUUUUUAAUCCUUUUUAUGAAGAAAGUAUUCCCACCAAAACUUGAUCUACCACUCUCUGCAGUGAAGUGGUACUUGACUUGAUGGAGUUUGUUUGACUUGAUUCACACAUAGGUAGCUAUGUGCCUUGGAGGCCAAUGAGACACAAGUAUGCGCCUUGAGCUAAUCAGAUCUAAUCAACAAGUGUGAAGUCGACUAAGAUGUGUUGCAGCUGGUCAGAGUCGUAGUAGGAGGAGCACAGACAUUACUAAUAACAUAAAAAUGACUUCAUGUAAUGUUCCAGUAAGCCUGGACAGUGUGACAGUAAGCUGGCAUGAGCAACACCAUGGCUCUGAAACUUAAACAGCUAAAUCAAAUUCAGUCAUCGUUAAUUUUAUUUAGUUAAACUUGUGCUUUUUCUACUCUGACAGGUCAGAAUAUCGUCUGUGCAAAAGACCUACUCAUUGAUAUUAAAACUGAGUGCCUGAUCUAGUGCAUUCGUUACGUCGACCAUGCUGUGUUUAACCUGUUUCUGUGUUUGCUUCCUCCACACUUGACUAGAGCUGCGGGCAAAAACAUCGUCACAACACAGAAAUGUAGUUCUGUGUUGAAUUAGGAACGUUUUAUCAGUUAUAUGUUGUGGUGGCAUUAUUAUUAGAGUCCUGUUUUUACUGUAAUUUUAGGUUUAUCAAGGACAUUGUAACAUGUGAAAGUGAAGGCAGUUUUCUAGGUUGAAAUGCAGCGAAAUAAUUUUGAAUAGAAUAAUCGUUCAACAUUCAUCAGAAUAAUUGCGAUUACUAUUUCAGCCAUAAAUUUGCAGCCCUAAUCAAGUGUCAUGGAAUGGAAAAAGCUCAGUAUAUAAUACACCUUCCCAAAACAUUACAUCUGAAAAUACAGAUAUAAAGUUUCAUAGGGAAACAUUGUUCAUGUUUCUCUCUGGCUAACAGAUGCAGUGGCGUGACCUUGUCUGUCUGAAUGCUUUAAAAAAAGGACAUUCAUCUACAUUCCAGCCAAACACCACACAAAAGAUGACACCAAAUUUAAGUCCGUAUCUGUGUCUGCAGUCCUUCUAACAAAACGCUUGGAGAAAAUCUUCUUUGAAGCAAAGCUGUCCUCCUGUCACUUUUUAUUCUUGGAGCUAGUUUUUAUAAUGACCGAAUCUUCGGUUAACAGCCAACUUUAAGGAUAUUGACCUGUCUUCGGUUGUUAGACACACCUGCAGCUGGACGAGGACGUUGUUAGUUCAGUGAUUUGUCUGUGUAAUGAAACUUUGUGUACAUUUAACCAUCUGUGGCACAUUGUCUCUCUACAUCCUGAUACCGGCACUGAAUACACACACAUCAGUUCCCCUUGUCCUCCCCCAGCGGACUCAUUAGCUUGUGCCUUUUUGUAAAUUGAGAUUGUAUGAGCCAUCAGCUGCACACAUGACUUUGCACUGUGACAUUACCAUGAUGAGAGUGAUGCUUUCAGAUGGAGUAUUAUUUAAUUGAAUCCUUCCAAUAUAUGAGUAUGGCCUUCUGGUAAGCCAGCGGAUGACUUGUUCAUGACAGCAUUUUUUUUGUUUGUUUGUUUUUUAAUAAGAUUUUUUUUUGUUUGUUUUAUACAAUUUUAGUUUCUGCAACAUUGUGUGAUUUUUAAAUUCUGGGUGGCCCAGAUAGAAUUGGACCUUUUUAUUUUGUAGUUAGUACAUGUUUGUAUAUUCAAAUUCAAAUACUCAUGAUGUUUUCGUUACUACUUUGUAACCAAAUAAGGAUUAUUGUUCGUGCUUAAUUCUGUUGGAGAUACAGUAAUUACCAAAUACAGAAACGGCUCCAGUAUUUAGUGAUCAUUCAAACAAAACAAAUGUGUUCUACUUAAUUUGUGAAAAGAAUUAUUGAAUGCACUUUUGAGUGUUACAAAUUGUUUUUUUUUUUGCCAUUUUAACCACUUAAAUCUUUUUAUUCUCGUCUAAAAUGUAUGAGGUAACUAAUGCCUAUCAAAAUGCCUUUUGUAAAUGUUUACACUCAGUUUCUCUCUGUACAUGAACACAGAGCAUGUUCAGUUUUGUUUUUUGUAUUAAAAAAUGGGGAAAGUCUAGUUUAAACCAAAUUAGCAUGUUUUAAAUAAUGGUUUCUUUUAAAAUGAUUGCUUUCACUUGAAUUAAUAGUCUUGGGACAUUUCAGUGGGAAAGGGCUGAUUGUUACCAUCAGUGGACUCAAACAUAUUAGUGAUACAACACAUCCAGUCCUUGACAAUCUACUUCAUACAACUUUCACAUUUUAUCAAAGGGAAAGGUGUACAGUACUGUAUUUAUAUUUGAAAUGUAUUUAUGUUGGUAUUGACGUCUAAAUUGAGUCGAUACACUUGAGCGUGUAAAUGAAUCUGUGAGCGCACGUGAUCGGUGUGCAGGAUUGUUUUCAGUGAAUGAUACUUUAAUCACUAUAAAUAAAUGCAUAUUUUACAUAGA